GGUCUGAGGCGGACCGAGAGGGGGAGGAACAGAAGAGUACCGUGUUAUUAUCAACAAACGACUACGGAGGUGGUGGCCCCUGGCGGCGCGGCAUCAUGCGCGCUAGCAAGAAAGCCAAGAGGGGCGGCUGCCCGCACUGAGGCAAAAAUGGGUUGCAGGUCCAUGCAGGAAGCAACAUAUUGUUGUAAGGAGAUGUGGGAUUAUAUAUUGAAAAGCCGACAGGCAAUAUGUCUGAGUGACUAACGACAUGGGUGUGAAUGCAUCAAGCUACCCUCACUCGUGUUCCCCGAGGGUAGGGGGAAACUCGCAGGCUCAGCAGACCUUUAUAGGAACGUCGUCCUAUUCCCACCAAGGAUAUGGCUAUGAAUCAAAGUUAUACAGCCUUGAACAUGGUCAUGAAAAACCACAAGACAAAAAAAAGAAAACCUCUGGCCUUGCUACUCUGAAAAAAAAGUUCAUUAAGCGUCGGAAAUCAAGCCGUUCUGCUGAUCAUGCCAAGCAAAUGCGAGAACUGCUUUCUGGGUGGGAUGUUAGAGAUGUUAAUGCACUAGUGGAGGAAUAUGAGGGCACAGCAGCCUUAAAAGAGCUAUCGUUGCAGGCAAAUGUGGCAAGACCAGAGGCCAGGACUUUGCAGAAAGAUAUGGCUGAUCUUUAUGAAUAUAAAUACUGUACAGAUGUUGACUUAAUAUUUCAGGAAACGUGCUUUCCUGUCCAUCGUGCCAUAUUGGCAGCAAGAUGCCCAUUUUUCAAGAAGUUGCUUUCAUCCUCUCCAGAGUAUGGCGCGGAGAUAAUCAUGGACAUCAAUACUGCUGGCAUAGACAUGCCUAUGUUUUCUGCAUUACUACACUACCUUUACACAGGAGAAUUUGGAAUAGAGGAUUCAAGGUUCCAAAAUGUUGAUAUUCUUGUGCAAUUAAGUGAAGAAUUCGGUACACCAAAUUCCCUGGAUGUAGAUAUGCGUGGACUGUUUGAUUACAUGUGCUAUUAUGAUGCGGUCCUAAGCUUUUCCGCCGACACCGAGUUGGUUGAAACAUAUGGAACUCAGAGCUGUUUAGAUGAAGAGCUCCGAGCUCACAAAGCUGUUCUGUCAGCUCGCUCUCCAUUCUUUCGUAAUUUGCUACAAAGGCGGAUUCGAACAGGAGAAGAGAUCACUGACCGUACUUUAAGGACUCCAACUCGAAUAAUUUUGGAUGAAUCUAUAAUACCAAAAAAAUAUGCAAAAGUAAUUUUGCAUUGUAUGUAUACAGAUAUAGUGGACCUUUCCUAUGUUUUGCACUGCAGCCCAUCUGUUGGAAGCCUGAGUGAAGUUCAGGCUUUGGUAGCAGGAAAGCCAAACAUGAGUCGUGCUGAAGAAGCUAUGGAACUUUAUCAUAUAGCACUGUUCCUAGAAUUUAACAUGCUUGCACAAGGCAAGCGCAAGAGGAAAGACAACCAUGUUAUCAGUGAGGUUUCUGAUGUCAUGGUGGCAGUCUCAGAGAAUCCUCACAAGUUUUUUCCUGAUGAGCGAUUUGGCGAUGAGAGUCCACUUCUUACAGUGAGACAAUCUGGAAGAUGUAGGAUAAACAGCACACCUGCUACUGAAACAAUGUUUACUGACAUAGACUCUUAUGUGGCCUUCCAUCCACCAUUACCCCCACCACCACCACCUUAUCACCCACCCGCUACUCCUAUACACAAUCAAUUCAAAUCUAGUUGGAAGCAUCGAGUGCCCAGUCAGCAUCCUUCUCGCUCUUUUUCUUAUCCUUGUAAUCAUUCGCUGUUCCACUCCAGGACAACCCCUAAAGCUGCCCCACCUACGUAUAUUCCCGGUGCCAAACAAGCACCACCUGAUUGCACUAACAAUACUGGGCUUGGGAGGCAAACUGUGGCAGCAGCUGCAGCAGCAAUGGCAGCUGAGCAGCAAGUGUGUGGCGAGCCAGUUUUGAAUGAGUUUAUGCCUGAUAUUGCCAUGGGAGUAUCCACUAUGUCCUUAAAAGAUAGAAGGUUGCCAGAAUUGACAAUUGAUACACAGCUCAGCCAGCAGGUUUCGGAGAUGCCAGGCCCACCACAGCACAUUUCAUGCAAUCCUAGCAGACAUAUGCACAGUGCAAGGAAAAAACACAGCAUGGAGCAUAAAAUGGAAGCACGAGAGAGUCAAACGGAGUACCCAGACUUCUAUGACUUUUCUAAUUCUGCUUGCAGACCAUCUACUCCGGUCCCAAGCAGACAUUCUCCUUUGCCCUCUCAGGGUAUUUAUUUUGGUCCUGAUUUAUACACCCACAGUAAGGCAAACAGCUUGAAGUCUGCUUAUGUGACCAAUCAGAUUUCGCCUAAAAAACAUGAGGAUUCAAGGAGAGAGUAUUUAUUUUCCCAAGAUGGUCAUCCUCACAGACAAAAGAAUGAACCAUUACACCUUGAUGUCUUAGAACAGCCCCCUCAGCGGCUAGAUUUGGCUCUAGCUGCUCAGGAGAAUGCUAACCACGGCCCUCAUCAUGGGCGGGGUAGAACGAAAAUAGAAACUGAUCUGACUUAUGGCCUGACCUCUAGUAGACCUUUACAUCCUGCCUACAGCUCAGAAAUACAGGAUGAGAGAUCAUUCAGAAGAAUUGUUGAUUCAGAUUUGCUAGAUCAUGGUGCACAAAGAAAUAUGGACCUUGAAAGGGAAGAUCCUGUAGGCAGGGAAAGGAGGUCACCAAACAAACAAGACUUCCUCUACAAAAAAUCAGCCCUUUGAAAAUAACCUCGACAGUUUCUCUGUGCCUAAUAACUUGUGGAAUACAACAUUUCGUAGUAUUUUGCAUGAGCUAUGUCAGGCUUUGCAAUGCCAGAAAUAAGUUAAUUUUCUUAAAUGUGUUCAGUUCUAUUUUAUAUUGUUUAUGAUUUAUUAGUGGCUGCAUGCAUCCUAUUUCUGUUUUUUGAAUGCUGCUUUUUGUGUGUUUUGAUUUGCUUGUUUUUUUUGUUUUUUCCUAUGUUUGUUUUGUUUUAAUGAGCUUUUUGCUUUGAUCAAUGUUUUAAACAAAACGGCAUAUUCAGCACCUUGGUAUUUUUAUUAGCAGUCUUCUUUUGAACUUAUACAUUUUCCUACUUGUUAUAUUUUGCGUAUCACAGUGAACCUUAUAAAAAUGUAUUUUGUGCUUUUUUUUUUCCUUCCGGUCAACCUUCCAGUUCCGAUAUUCAGUGGGUUAAACUCUAUGUAAUGCAUUUUCUUACAAGAUACAAACUGUUUAUUUUUUAUUAAGAAAUUCCAAAGAGCACAUAGAUAAAAACCUACUCUGUUAACUAUAUGUAAUCUUAUGACGGCUCACACUCAUUCUGAUAACACUGUUACAUUUGGUAUGGAGUGGAUGAUCUACACAUCUCUAAUUUAAUUUUCUUUCCAUUUCUUUAAAGAUCUGAAAAUAACUGAAUGUGAUUUGUGUAUUAGUCUACCAUGUAUGAGAGUUGAGUAACUUGCUUCUGAAUAACUCUAUAGGGACAUAAAAGUCAAUAGUAUACUGGGGCUGUAUAAUUCUGCUCUACUACAUCUAUAUGCACAGAUCUGCACCUUUAAAUGACCGUGAGUCUUUAGCAUGACUUCCCCUUGCUUGCACAUUCUCAUGCAAAAACUUGAAUGAUAGACAAGCUAGUACAUAAUGCAAAAACACCAAUCCACCCCUGCCUAUACACUCAGACAGGGGUGGGUCUAUAAAGUGGAAAUUUGUGAGAUGUGGAGCACAUUUUAUUUUGAAAAGGUGCAUUCAAAUACUUGUCCAGUCUGUUCAGCCUCAACAUACUAUGGCUACAAGCUUGUUAAAAGGUAAAAGCCCAUAAGAUCUAUAUUAUUGGAUUAUAGGUGUCAUUACCCAUGUUUGACUCACAUGAUAUAUGAAAAGCUUAUCUUUAUAAAUGGUAUCUUCCAAAGAUAAGUGAUUUAUCAAAUGAACUUGAUUAAUCAUGGUGCUUUUCACAUAAGAUAUAUUUUCUAUCUUUUUUUUUUUUUUUUUUAAUAGUACAAAACUAGGUCACAUUCAAUAAUUUUGAUCUUUUAUACUAUUAUUUUGGUUUAUUUUAGCUUCUUGUACCAUGGACCCUUUGCCCCCCCUCCUGGAGAAGUGCAUCAACUGCAUUUUAUACAUAAACAGAAUCCUUAAAGGGCAUAAUAGUUCUUUUAAAAUUUAACAAUUUAAAAGCUAAGCUUACAAAAAAGGCAAUACAUAUCUUAAAAUUAAGUCACCAUUAUCUCCAGUUCUUCUUACUGGCCUCCAAAAGUUGCACCCCUGUAGUUUUCACCUGUUUCUGCUCUUGAUUGACUGUGUAUGCGCUUUGCCAUUUUGGGCUCGAUUUAUCAAGUCCUCCCUUUUACUAAAGGUUCGCACAAGAGAACCUGCAGCCAGCAUUUAUCAAGCAGCGGUCAUCAGAGCGCUGCUUCCCUACCCUGUUGUCUACCUCUUAGGUGGAUAAUUUAAAUCUCCCUGGUCUCAUCCGACCAGGGAGAUUAACAGCUCCUGCCCUCGCGUAAUUGGCUGUGCAUGGGGUGAGGUAGCACACAAACGCAAAGAAGCGCUCAUGUGCAAUGCGCUGCCCGCCAGAGAAGAGCUCGGGCGAACAGCCAAAUAUGUAUGCCCCUGUCCCCAAUGGAUUGAUAAAUUGAGCCCUUUGUUUCAGGCUAGUAUGUAUUUUAUCUAUGGCAAGUUGGCUUUUAAAUUGUGCAAUUCUAUAAAUAACUGAUGAAUACUAUAAUGCAGACAGCUUGUUGUCUGUUGUGUCUAGAUGCUCAGAUAUUAAAACCUGUCGUUGGCAAAUCACACAAAUAUUUUGAUACUUUUCUGCCCAAGAAGAUAGUUGUGUAUCCAAAGUUGUUUCAGAGUCACUGCUUUGGUGUUGUAAAAUACAUUUAUAUGGAUUGCCCCUCUAUAUGACAAAGGAGCCCUAAAAUAAAAUUUUUAAGUAAGGAUAGACUUGAGCAGUUAACCUCUCUUAUACUAGUUCCUGCUGAGAAAUAAUUAGAUUCUGAUGGGGCACAUAACCAGCUACUUCAUCCAUUUGAUAAAUCAAAGGAAGCCAGUGAGUGUUUUUAGAAGACAAGUUUGAAGAAGUUUCUACAGGUACAUAUUACACUAUGCCCAGUAUUGCUAAUCCAACUGAAAACAUUUGUAGCAUCCUAUCUAUAUAUACAAUGGAAUUGUGCUUAAACACUGGCCACACAUUCUGCAUUCUCUGAUUCUGGGUAUAUGAUGAUUGUUGUUUAUUAUGACAUCAAUUUGACAAAUUGGCAUUUUUCUUGGUUAACUUCCCCAACUUUUUUUCCCCUAAUGAAAUAGUAAACUUGUACAAUGCAUUCUAUGGCUGACUGUUCCAGCAAAACUGGAUUGAAAGAAAAAAAUUAGAUUAUAUAUAUAUAUAUAUAUAUAUAGUGAAGCGCAUGAACAAAGAUACAACACAGUUGUAUAUAAACAUGCUUUGUAAUGGUUCAAAAAAUAAUCUUAUUACUGAAUUUAAAAACUUAUUGUAACUGCUUCAUGUCAUGAAACUGAAAUCUUCAAAAAGCUCUGGAUAGUUUACAUGCCCUCUUUUCUUUGAUUUUUAUAUAUAUAUAUAAUUUUGAGAUGUUGCAAAGCAGUUUUUUUUAUUUAAAGGGAUGAUUUGAAGGAUAUUUUGUUUAAUUGCAUAACAUGGAGUAUCUCAGAAAAUGUUAAUGGAGAUAUUGCAUAGAAAUUUCAUGGAUCCAAAACAAUUACAUCAUGGUUUACUUUUAAUUAAAUAACCGAUCAUGUUUGAAAAACGUAUUUAGAAAACACAUUUACAACUUGUGACCAGUGUCCAGGAUUGAGAUUAUUUAAAUAUAUACAGUAAAAUGUAUUUAUGAUAAAUCAGUAUGAACAUCCCUCAUUGGAUGCAGCAAUUGCAUUGGUGAUUAAACACAAUGGCUUUGUCUUAAAAUAUAUGCACUGUUCCAUUAUUGAGAUACAAAAUAAAUUACAGCAGCAUUACUAUGAUUUUGUAGUUUAAAAAUAACUUUCCAGAAUGAACAUUUAAUUCAGGUGACUUGAAUCUAAAUUCACAUUCUUUUCACAAGGCUAAUAUUUUUCAUUCUAGUCUGUUUUCUUCAUGAAAAACUCAUUUUAAAUAUACAUUUGCAUUAUAGUCAAAAUUUAGAUGUAGUGUAUAAUUCUAGUUUGACAGCUAGUAAAGUGAUUUUUUUUUUCUUAUAAUGACAAUGGGAGUUUAAUUUCACCCAGAGUAAGGUUGAACAGCCUUCCUUGUUUCCCUAUUAGUGGAUAAAAAGAACAUAAGUUCUAUUAUUGCUGAUAAGAAGUUUCUAAACACUUGUAUUUAUUCAGAGUGGUUUCUUCAAUGUGUUUUUAAUUAUUUUGUUUUUCUCCCUGGUAGCUGUUGCAAAUUCUUCAUAGAGGGAAGAAUGCAACAUAUGCAGUUUUUUUCAUGAUACAUAACUAGAUAAAAAGAAACUGGUCGGCACAUGCGAGCGCACACUCAGACUUAUAAAUCUGUGUUACAGAAUCAUUCAGCUUAGGUGCUAACAUUACUGCAUUGCCUUCAUUAUACCUCUUCCUGAGGAAACUAAAGGGCUUUAGUCUGUAUUUACUUGUUAGCCUAGUAUGUUGCUGUAAAUUUUGGGAGUUGAUUGACAAUGCUCUAUAACAUAAACUUCUGAAGAUUCUAAAUUUCA